AUUUUUGUAACUAAACAAGGCCUUAGAAAACAAGAACAAAAAAAAAGUAAAAAACAAACAAAGUAGCCCAGUUAAGACUUUGAGCUCGAGAAAAGCCCAAUAACGAGGCCCAAAAGGCUCCCAGCAAUCGUGGCACCAUCUCCUCCAUCGCCGGUGCUCCCGAGUCCCGAUGUCUUCCUCCUCCGCCGCCGCUCGCCGCCUUCUCCUCCUCCGCCACCGCCAUGGCCACCUUCUCCCCAAACGCCACUUCUCUUCCUCGUCCGCUGCCGACGGCCUCGACGACGGCGGCCGCGUCAAGAUCUUCGACCGCGACCUGAAGCGCCGGCACCGGGACCGCGCGGCGUGGGCGAUGCGUGAGACCGACGGUCUCGUGGAUGCCGUCGCCGAAAACCUCCUCGACCGCCUCGAGGACUGCAGGAAAGCCUUCCCCUCCGCGCUCUGCCUCGGGGGCUCCGCCGGUGCCGUCCGCCGCUUGCUCCGCGGCCGCGGUGGAAUUGAGAGGCUGAUCAUGAUGGACAUGUCAGCCGACAUGGUGAAGAAGUGGCGAGAGUCAGAGAAUGGCACUGGUGACGAACCUGAGAUGCACUUUGUUGUCGGUGAUGAGGAGUUCCUUCCAAUCAAAGAGAGCUCACAGGAUUUGAUAAUAAGCUGUCUUGGACUUCAUUGGACAAAUGAUCUACCUGGAGCAAUGAUACAGUGUAGGCUAGCGUUGCAACCUGAUGGCCUUUUUCUGGCAGCAAUUCUUGGUGGAGAAACACUGAAGGAGCUUAGAAUUGCAUGCACAGUUGCUCAAAUGGAACGCGAAGGAGGCAUCAGUCCUCGAAUGUCCCCUUUAGCACAAGUCCGUGACGCAGGAAACCUUUUGACAAGGGCAGGUUUCACCCUUCCAGGAGUUGAUGUCGAUCAGUAUACUGUUAAAUACAAUAAUGCUUUGGAACUUGUUGAACAUCUUAGAGCAAUGGGGGAAACAAAUGCUCUUUUUCAAAGAAAUCCUGUGUUGAAAAGGGAUACCGCCUUGGCAACUGCAGCAAUUUACCAGUCAAUGUUUGGUUUAGAAGACGGAUCUAUUCCAGCAACCUUUCAAGUAAUUUACAUGACUGGCUGGAGGGAGCAUCCAUCACAGCAAAAGGCUAAGAGAAGGGGUUCUGCGACCAUAUCAUUCAGUGAUAUACAGAAACAAUUUGGUCCCAGUGAAAACUGAGCCUCACUGCUACAGAAAUGUGUUCUCGAACCCUUGAUCUAAAAUAAAGAAACAACACUCGAGGAAAGAAAAGAAAUCCUCUGGUGACUCAGCAUACGGCUUUGUAUUCCUGAACAUUGAUUAUUGUGGUGGGCUUCUGUUGGCUGUGUCAAUUUUCUAUGGGAAAUCACUCAAUUCGUAUCAGUCAUGAUUCUGCUGCAAAUGUCAGUGUAUGGAGAACCGAUGUUGCCUGUUAUAUGAACAUACUGAGUUUAAUGGAAUUCAGAGCUUGUGAAAUUCAUCUGUAGUGUUACUCCAUCCACAAUGUUCAUAGCUUAAACGGUUCGCUAGUGGUGUGUUACAAUGUUACAAGACACCACCACUGUUGUAGUAAAUCUGUGAGUACAAAGAAACUCUGACAUUUAUUUACUCCCUUAACAAAUGUGUUCAAGUUUUAGCUGAUGA